AUGAUGGCACAUAUUCACAAAGCAACAUAUGAUCACCAUCACUGGCUUUUCAUGCUAGUUUUCUUAGUACUAUCAUACGUUGCUUCGUCUUCAGAUCCGACCGAGCCAGCCAUCCUCCUCAAGUUCAAAUCAUUUCUAUCCAACGACAGUGCUUUGGACAACUGGACUAACGCCGCACCUCCCUGCAACGGUACGCAAAACCUCUGGGCUGGUUUGCUUUGUGAUGGCAACGGCAAUGUGUUCGGGUUGGCUUUAACAAACAUGGGUCUCAUGGGGAUAAUCGAUAUAGACACACUUAUGGAUUUGUCUGCCCUGAAAACAGUAAGCUUCAUGAACAAUAGCUUUGAAGGUCCUAUCCCUAGUGUGAACAAACUUAGUUCACUUAUAUCAGUUUACUUGUCGUACAAUCAAUUCAAUGGUGAAAUCCCAGAUAAUUUUUUUGUUGGCAUGAAUUCCUUGAAGAAAAUUUAUCUGGAUGGGAAUGAAUUCACCGGUAAAAUACCAAAAUCGUUGGCUGAUUUGACUAAGAUUGUGGAAAUGGAUAUUCGGGGAAACCAUUUCAGUGGGAAACUACCAAAUUUUCCGCAAAAUCCAAUUGCAUGGAAGACUUUGAAUGUGUCAUACAACAGACUCGAGGGUCGUAUUCCGGCCGGCCUGAGAGUUUCCGACGCAAGCACUUUCGUCGGAAACCCAGACUUAUGUGGGAAGCCACUGGCUGCAUGCAAGUCCUCAAAGAAGAAAGUAAUUAUAAUCAUUGCCAUCGUAGUCAUCUCAGUUGCUGCAAUCUUGUUCUUCAUUGUAGUAUGCCUCAAACGACCCCGUUCAGCACAAUCAAAACAAGUGACAAGAGUACAAAACAAGCUGGGGGCCAACCAUGACACAGGCGCAAUGGAGGUCGAAUUGGCAGCCGAAGAAGAAAAUAACAACUUCAAGGACAAUGAUGAGAGAGGUGGAGGGGAGUUGUAUUUUGUGAGGAAGGACAUAAAUUUUGAGUUGGAAGAGUUGCUGAGGGCCCCAGCUGAGGUUUUGGGAAGUGGGUCCUUUGGGUCAUCUUACAAGGCAGGGCUUUUGAGUGGGUCCAAGGUUGUGAAGAGGUUUAAGCAAAUGAACCAAGUGAGGAAAGAUGACUUUUAUGACCACAUGAGAAGGCUUGGGAGGUUGUCACACCCUAAUUUGCUCCCACUUGUUGCUUUCUAUUAUAGGAAAGAAGAGAAGCUCUUGGUUCAUGAUUUUGUUGCAAAUGGAAGCUUGGCUAGUCAUCUCCAUGCUAAGCGAGAACCCGGGCAGCCGGGGUUGGAUUGGCCAACUCGGUUGAUGAUCAUCAAAGGAGUGGCAAGGGGUUUGGCCUACCUCUACAAAGAGUUCCCCGGACUAACGGUACCCCACGGUCACCUCAAGUCUUCCAACGUGCUCCUAGACCACAACUUCAACCCUCUCUUGGCAGAGUAUGCCCUAAUACCCCUAGUCAACAGAGACCAUGCCCAAAAGUUCAUGGUGGCUUUCAAGUCCCCAGAGUUAUAUCACAACGAACGCAUGUCAAAAAAGACCGAUGUAUGGAGCCUAGGCAUACUCAUCUUCGAAAUGCUCACCGGAAAAUUCCCAGCAAACUAUCUCCAACCGGGGAAGAGAGCGAACGCGGACUUAGCGGCUUGGGUGAACUCAGUUGUGAGAGAAGAGUGGACGGGUGAAGUGUUUGACAAGGACAUGAAGGGGACGACGAACGGAGAAGGUGAAAUGCUGAAGUUGCUGAAGAUUGGGAUGUGUUGCUGUGAGAGCAGUGUAGAGGGGAGGUGGGAUUGGAGAGAAGUUGUGGACAAGAUUGAAGAGUUAAAGGAGAGGGACAACGACGAAGACUACUCAUCUUAUGCUAGUGAUGGGGAUGUGUACUCUUCUAGGGCUAUUUCUGAGGAUGAAUUCUCUUUCUCUGUUAAUGCUUGAGAGAGUUUCGAGGGGUUUUGGUGGGGAAACAAAAA